AAGGCCAGGCCCCACUCCCAAUUAAUCAUAAUUGGUAGGAGUUGGCCCCCAGUAGGAGUGAGCCUUUUAAUCUCCUCACUGAUUCUAUUGUGCAGCCAUGGGUGAGGAUCACUGCAAUUCUAAACGAACGAGGGCAAGAGGGGUGCUGACUGCAAUGAAAUUCGCCAACUUCUCUGAAAACGUCCUGAUUUUCAUGCGAACUUUCCCAAACUUUAAAAUGCUGACAAGUAAUUUAAAAUGUAAAAAUAAACAACCAAAUACUUUGGGAGUCAAAGAAGACAUGGAUAGACGCUCUGUUGGGUGUCAGUUUGUGAUCUUCCUUGCAGAUCAACCUUCAGUUUGAAGAAACAAACUGAUAAAGAGGGAAGUUAAAUAACUUGACCAAGAAUACACGGCAAGUGAGAAUAAAAGUUGGGACUAAUAUUCAAUGUUCCUUCUCUGUUAGAUAAAAAACACUUGGAGAUAAACUUUGAAGAGUGGGUGCGGCUGUAGGAAGAGAAAGGGCGUUCCGGGCAGAAGGAAUCUCCUGAACAUUGCCCCAGGCAUCCAGCAAUCAAGGAAACCUGGCUGUUCCUAAAUAGUGCAGAGGGAAUUUGGACCUCCUAACGAAGAGAAUCAACAACGCAUGCGCUUUCCACAGGCGGGGCCGCGGAGGGGCGAGGCAGGUUAAGGACGAUGAAUUGCGACCUUCGUUUGGCGACGCUCACGACUCCUGCCGUAAAGGCCGGUGUGGCGCGUGCGCGUCUCCUUUCGUGCAGAUUCCAGACGCGUUUGCUGUUUUCUCACGGGUGUCGCCAGCGCUGUCGCAAUGGUGAAGCUGAGCAAAGAGGCCAAGCAGAGGCUGCAGCAGCUUUUCAAGGGAGGACAAUUUGCCAUCCGCUGGGGUUUUAUUCCUCUCGUGAUUUACCUGGGUCAAGGUUUUACGCGCGGGGAAACCGAGGCAUAGAACAGUUUUGUUCUUCGCUGAAGGCCACACAGCUGUCAAAUGGGGGAGCUAUGAACUCAAGCAGUGGGCCUCCAAGGCCCAUACUCUUAACCACCAUGCUGUAUUGCGGAAAUUUGAAAGUGGUGUCAUGUCUUUUGUAAGACGCGGUGCAUUCACUCAGCCUUGACGGAGCGUUUGAUUAUGCUGGAUAUUCCGUAGGCAAUUGUGGCUCCCAUUUCCCCAUGACUUGCAAGCCAACUAAUAACCUGGAGAUACUAAAGAAUGCAGGGCUUAAAAAGACCCGAUUCCUCCCUUAUUUUGAACUCAUUUUGGGGGGGGGGGGGCUGGGUUUGGCUGCACCUUGGUCAUGUGAAACUUCCGCUACCAGAUACUGAACCUGCGCUCCCUGCAGUGGGAGAGCGCAUUCUUCACCGCUUCCGGACUACCCGGGAAGUCCCUACAACACAUUUUUUGAAAACGACUUACCUAUUUGGCUGUGCCAGUUCUUAGUCGCAGCAUGUAGGAUCUAGUUCCUUGACCAGGGAUGGAUCCCUGGCCCCUUGCUUUGGGAGCAGAGAGUCAGCCAGUGCACCACCAGGGAAGUACUGCAAUUUUAAAAGAAGCAUUAAUUCCCCAGAUUUUAGUAACUCUGUGUAGGUAUUGAAAAUUAGAGCAAGUAAUUAGCCUGCUUUUACAGGCUGUUAUUCCCCUCUUUCUCCCUAACUGUCCUCUUCCCCAGCCUUCGCUUAACUGUACAAGGGCCCAGUUUUGCUAGGCAAACACUGGGAGGAGCUGUUCUUCUAUCUAGCUAAGGAAGGAAGUUAAGGGGUCUUUAAUUCUUCCCCUUCUUUAUUCUGUGUCGUUUUUCUACUGUUGUGUAUGUUGAGUCCCAUUUUAGUCUGCUCCUGCUUUCUUUGUCCGUGUGGAUUCUUUGCUCUUCUAUAAGUCUUUUUCAGGUACCUUUUCUCCUCUCCUUUUUGAAAUUCCUUUUCUGUUGCCAGAAAGCUGCAGCUGGUAGUUAAAAUCUGUAUGAGGAGGGUUUUGGUCUGAAGAGUAGACAAUGCUUUUCUUUUCCACUCUAGAAUUAUUUUCCUUUUUGUGCACACUGGCUAUUUUCUUUUUACUAGGAUUACCGGUAAUCCUACAGUUUAGUGCUGGUACCCUUGUGUCUAGCUCAGGUGGAGACUGAUGUUAAGGCUCUCUUUUUAUCUUUCCUUGUUAACCAUUGUUUUUUCCUUAUACUGUAUCUAAGCUUAAUUUUAGGUCUGACCUAGUUCCCAUGCUUUACUUCUCCAUCAGCUCUCAGUAAAACUUUGCAAGUGCAUAUUGAAUUUCUUGUGUAGUUUAGUUUAGUUUCUUUCUUUCUUUUUUUUUUUUGUAGUUUAAUUUCAAACAUAACCUUUUACGGCUUCUGGAAGUACAGUGGGAAUAUAGUGCUAUAAAAUAGGACAGUGACCCGAUAAAGCAUCUGUUUGGACAUUUACCAACAAAAAGAUUUUAGUGAGUUACCUGUUGGAAGACAAUUCUCCAUAGUGUCUUGAAUUUCUACAAAUCUUGUGAGCAGAGGCAGUGACCACCCUUUGUUCAUGUUUUUAAGGAUGUUUGUAGGGUGGACAGCUUUGGAAAAUAGUACCAGGGUAAAGGGGAGGCAUGCUGUCUCUGCCCCUUAUAGAAGAUUCUGGUUCCCCAAACACAGGGUCAGGGAUCAUCUUUAAAUGCUGAUUAGUCUGAUUACAGCUAUUGCUUGUAAUAAGAGCAUUGAUUUAAUUAACAAUAGCUUGAAAUUUUUUUCCCCUCUAUCACCAGCCUUUGGUUGCUUUGUAAAGAGAGGUUCAUGGGGAUAAAAUAAGAUGUCUUCAAUUUUUUUCUUUAAAAAAGUAUAAUUUUUUACAGAAAUAGACUCAAGAGUCACAGAACAACCUCGUGCGGGGUGGGGAAGAAUGAGGGGAAGGGAUAGGGAGUUUGGGAUGGACAGGUAUACACUGCUGUAUUUAAAAUGGAUAACCUACUGUACAGCACAGGGAACUCUGCUCAGUGUUAUGUGGAAGCCUGGAUGGGAGGGAGUUUGGGGGAGAAUGGACACAUGUAUAUGUAUGGCUGAGUCCCUCUACUCUCCACCUGAAACCAGCACAGCAUUGUUAAUCAGCACAGCAUUUUUAAUCAGCUGUAUUCCAAUAGAAAAUAAGUAAGUUUAAAAAAAAAAAGCUUUAAAAAAAAAGUCUUAGUACUCUUUGUAGUUCUUCAUUCAGUUUGAUUUGGUAGUUUGUCUUUUUUGUGGGUAAUGACUAAGAAUGAAAGAUAGUGUGUGUGUGCUAAGGGCUACUAUUAUAGGAGUAAGUUAGUUUGUCUUCCCUGCUGAUUAGUUCUGCACAUGAUCACAUAUUCUAGUGAAGAUUCAAAACUAUUCUGUUGCACAGGUAAAUCUGGGUAAUUCUGGUAGAUGUGGAUGUUAUUCUAGCUACCAAAUACUGAUUUAGAAAGAAAACAUUGUAAAUUUUUUGUCUGCUAGAGUUUUAAUUGGUCUUUAUUCUCUUUCUUCCCUCUCCCUUUCCCCCAGGAUUUAAGAGGGGUGCAGAUCCUGGAAUGCCUGAA